UCUAUCAUCUAAAGUUAAAUUUUUCACUGUUUCUUAUCUUUGCAUAUAUCUAUGAUGAGAUUCACAGGUAAAUGAAUGAUUUAUCAUUCUAUACACUCUACUAACUCUCUAUGAAGAUUCAGUGCGAUGUUUGUAACAAACGGCAAGCUUCAUUAUUCUGCACCGCAGACGAAGCUGCCUUAUGCUCCGCCUGCGACCACCGUGUCCACCAUGCUAACAAGCUCGCCUCCAAACACCACCGCUUCUCUCUCAACCAUGCUAAUUCUCCCAACAACUUUCCUCUCUGCGAUAUUUGCCUCGAAAGAAGAGGUUUUGUGUUUUGUCAACAAGAUAGAGCCAUUGUGUGCAAAGAGUGUGAUUUCAAGAAUCACGGUUCCAAUGAACACACCAAGAAGCAUAGUAGGUUUCUUCUCAGUGGGAUUAAGCUUCUCUCUCCAGGUUCUACAUCACCACCACCACUCUCUCCAGCUCCUCCCGCUCCAGCUUUCAACAAGGUGAUUUCAAAUGAAGAAACCGCCACUGGUUUCACCAUAUCGGAGUACUUGAUAAACACUAUUCCGGGUUGGAAAUUUGAAGAUUUCUUUGAUUCUCCUUCUUCAGUUUCUUUUCACGGUGAAGAUAAGUUCUCAUUAGUGGAUGAUGCGGAAAACAUGGUUUCUUUCUCUGGUGGAAUUAGGGUUCCUCAAGCACCAACUUCUUCUCUUUAUUAUUCUUCAAAAAUGGAUAACAGAUUAUUCAGCAGCAGCAGUUUGAAGGAUGAUAAUAAUUUCACAGUUCCACAGAUAAUAAACCCUCCCAAUUAACUCUUGCUCUCUUGCUUCUUCAAACUUCUAUAUUUUCUUGUUCGUUGCUUUAUGGUUCUUGAUGAUUGAAACUUGUUAGGUUGCUUUCUCUAUCACCAAAUAAUUGUCUUAAUUUAAAGAUGGUAUGAUUUGAAGUAUAUUUUAAUUAAACAUGGUUUUGGCAAAGAUUAUUGUGAUUCUGGCCUUUAACUUUGUGAAUACACGACAA